GAAUGUAAAAAAAGAUUUGACCGUUUUCGCCCGUGUCAACCAGAGAAACGUGAAUACGCUUCACCAAACAGAUGGUUAUCUUAUGCGUCAUUUCACUGCCACACAUCGUGUUCAUCUCUGUAAAAGAGACUACGUUUCUCCCUGUUCGGAUAUUAAGAUGCUGGUGUUCUCCACCGUCCCUCUGAUAAAACCACGAGCGAAAGGGUGA